UUACAGCUGAUGACUCUCUUUAGACGGUGCUAGGAGCGCUUCAGCCAAGGAGGGGAAAGGAAACUAAACCAUCUUUUGGCCAAGCCGACAUUGGAAAACCUGGGUGGACCAUGUCUAAUGACGUUGACUUCAUGUCUGUGCGUCUUCUGAAAAACGAUGGGAUGGGCUUGCAGAAGUACUCCUAUAUGAACGAAGACGAAGCUUGGAAGAGUUAUCUGGAGAAUCCUCUAACAGCAGCCACCAAGGCCAUGAUGAGAGUAAAUGGGGAUGAUGACAGCGUAGCAGCCCUGAGCCUCCUCUAUGACUACUAUAUGGUUCCAAAAGAAAAGCGAAUCCUUCCAUCUGGAACACAAGGGCGCAGUGAAGUUGGGAAGAGGCAUUGUCAUGGGAUGGAAUACGAACCAGAGAUUUCUUCCUUCGAAGGUUCUGCUCAGCUCAUGAAGCUUCUGGCUGAAAACGUUUCAGUGAACCAAGAAUAUCUGGACUUGCCCAAGAAGAACGGCUUAGCUUUUGAGGGGCUCUCCUCUCCUCACAAGCCACCAGCUCUGCCUCCAGGUCCCAGCAAAUUAGAGAGCAAUCCUGAGAAUUAUAUGAUUACUUCAGGAGACAUGUAUGACAAUGGCUCGCUUAAUUCCCUCUUCGACUCCAUCCACGUGGCUCCACCCCAACAGAGAUGGCAGCCAGAUAGCACCUUCAAAGAGGACCCUGAGGAGUCCUUGAUCUUCAAUGAUAUUUUGAAGGCAGAAGCUCCGUGUUCAGAAGGUUAUUCCAUCAGUGAUGGCAAGACUGACUUUGAAUACACCUUGGGAUCUCCCAAAGCUAUUCAUAUCAAGGCAGGUGACUCACCUAUGGCGUACCUCAACAAAGGACAGUUCUACCCGGUGACUCUGAGGACAGUUGGAGAUGCCAAAUGUUUACACUUGUCCUCAAACAAAGUGAAGAGUGUGGUGAUGGUAGUUUUCGACAAUGAGAAGAUUCCAAUGGAACAGCUCAAAUUCUGGAAACACUGGCAUUCGCGCCAACCGACAGCGAAACAGAGAGUCAUCGAUGUUGCUGACUGUAAAGAGAAUUUCAAUACUGUGCAGCAUAUUGAAGAGGUAGCUUACAAUGCCUUAUCCUUUGUCUGGAAUAUCGCUGAAGAAGCAAAGGUGUUCAUUGGUGUGAACUGCCUGAGCACAGACUUCUCCUCUCAAAAAGGUGUGAAGGGUGUCCCACUGAACCUCCAGAUUGACACUUAUGACUACAGCACUGGGACAAACCGGCUGGUCCACCGAGCUGUCUGCCAGAUCAAAAUAUUUUGUGAUAAGGGAGCAGAGAGGAAAAUGCGGGAUGAUGAACGCAAACAGUUCAGGAGGAAAGGAAAAUGCCUGGAUGCGAAUAAUAAUGGUAUUACCUACUGCUGGAAUUCCACAUGAUUCCCACAGCUUGCCCUUAAAGCGGAGCUGCCCUUCAUUCCCCGAUGAAUUUGAUCCCAUAGCCGCAAAGCAAGCAAAAGAAGAAGACCCUCAACGAGUUCUACUCUAUGUACGACGGGAAACAGAGGAAGUUUUUGACGCUCUCAUGCUGAAGACCCCUGAUCUCAAAGGCCUGAGAAAUGCG